AUAUAUAUAUUUAUAUGUAUUUUUAAUCUCUACACCAUGAAUUGUAAUAAUAAAAGAAAAAAUGGAGAUACAACAAAUAAUAACACAGAUAAUACUAAUAGCAAUAAUAAUAAUGAUAAUUCAAUAUCAAAUAAAAAAUAUAAAAGUACUGAUGGUUCAGAAUUUGAUAAUACAAAUACAUCAACAAAUACACCCAGUUUGGUUUUUACAUCAAAUAAAGAAAACGAUAGCACCAAUGAAAUUAGAUUUUGGAAGGUAUUUAGAAAUAAAUAUUUAUUCAAUAUAAUAUUUUCAAAUUUCAAAUUCAACCAGUUAUUCAAUUAUGAUGAUUUAAACGAUUGCCAUCAUAUUUAUAACAAAUUUAGUAAUGGAGAAACAAUUAUUAGAGAUAAAGUAAAAAGUGGAAAUUAUAUAAUUAGAGAUUUUAAUGCAGAAUUUAUCGUUAGUGUAUUCACCAAAAAUACCCAAGAGAACAGAGAAUUCUAUAGAACACUAUUUUCAAAUGGUUUAGGAACAUUCAGAAACUAUUUUAUAUGGGUACAAGCAUUUGUGAAUCAUUCCAAUAAAACCGCAUUUCUCGAAUACCUCAAAAAUUUUAAAAUAGAUAAAACUAGUUUUUUUGUAAGAUCAAUGAAAUCCAGUAAAAGCAUCUUUAAACAAGUAAAGAUGGAAGAUGCUUUAAAAUCAAAUGGUUUUCAUUUUUUUAAACCGAAAUCAGUAUUUGAUGUAAUUAGGGAAUUUCAAUUUUCACAAAAAUUAAAAAAGCUCAUAAAUAUUUACAUUUAUUGUAUCCAUGAAAAUUACCAACCCAAAACAAAACACAAUUAUUUACUGGAACAACUAAAUACCCAAUUAAUAACAAUUUUAUCUGAUAAUAUACAUUUAAACUCAACUAUUCACACAAUAGCACAAUCAAAAGAUAAAUUUUUAAUACAAACAACAUACCUCACACUCAAAAUUAUAUAUUCAAUAUUUGCUGAAAGAUGCCAAUCAUCUCUUACUAAACCAACUAGUUAUCAUAUAUACUUUAGAGACAAGUCUAAAGCCGAAAAAAUUUAUGCAAAGAGAAUAGAAUCUUUGAACUUGUCUGAUGAACCACUCACAGUUAUAAAAAGUGAUGAAUGCAUUGAAUUUCAAAUGAGCCUAGUUAAAUCACUACACACAAUUUCUCGUAAAACCAAGGUUGAACAGGCCAUUUUUUCAAGCAAUAAUUUGGAACCAAUCUAUCUCAUGUUUAAGCUUUACAAGGAUGACUUAUACGGUAAUUUUUUUAGAUAUCUAAGAUUUAUUACAAAAACCGAGAUAUUGGACUACAUCUUCGAUAACCAUCAAGAAUUAAUGUUUAGUGACAAUAAUCCACUUUGGAUAUACACCAACAGCAAAGUUAUGGGCCAUUUCGAAAAUUUAAUGAAAAGUAUUUCAAGAAAAUUUUUAAUUAAAUCCAAUUUAACUAUAACAGACUUGGAAAAUACUCCAAGUAAAGAUUUUUUCGAAGGCUUAGAAAGAGCAGUCGACAAUCCAACAGUUUAUAUAUUUGAAGACAAUAAAAAUUAUCCCCAAAACUCUAUAAAUAGAUAUAAUUCAUAUUUUAUAAAAUUGACCAAUUUAACACAGGAUUCUGCAAUAUCAUUGUUAGAAAAGCACAUAAAAAAAUAUGGAAUUUCAGAAUACUUUGAUAUUGAAAAUUUUUUAAAAAAUGAACUCCAUCAAUCCUAUAAACUCAUAUAUUGGAUCUUUCAAGACCUUACGGAUGAAUAUAUUCAAUCAAACUUAACAAAAAAAGAAUUGAUAAUUAAGUCUGGUAUUAACACAACAAAAAAUCAAAAGUAUGAAAUUAAAAUUAAACGUUUUAUUAGUUGGGAAAUGCUUUUAUACUAUUGUGGCCGUACAAAUAUUUUAUUUCAAAACUUUAAUUCACAGUUAAAAGAAGAAAUAUUCACAGAUCUACUUGAAAAAAAAUUUAAAGUCGGUGUUUUUUUAAAUUUACUUGACCAUUUAUCAUAUUCAGAUUUCAAUAGUGAAAAUUUUAAAAAUUUAUUAAAUAGAGCAGCAGAUUUUGGAGUAGUUCGAGUUUUCGAAAAAUUUUCGAUUUUUAAUUACAUGUUUUUUUAUGAAAUAAAAUAUAAUCAAUAUAAUUAUAUUGAUUAUCCUCCUAAUCCCCGAGUGCAAAGUUUUCUCAAUGACAGCUCUUUUAAACAAAACUUUAGUUUGAACGAUAAAAGAUAUUGCUGUUUAAUAAGAUAUUCAAAUAAAGUAAAAACAAAUUAUUAUUAAACUAAUUGAUAAUUUUAAAUAAUAUUAUAUCAAAAUUUGUUUUUAUUUUUUUGUUUAU